AUGCCUGCACUGAUAUGGAAAUAUUUAUCGAUAACAAAAGAUUCUUACGGUAUAGUGAAUUUAGAUAAACAAUGUUUACAGACAAUUCGAGAUAAGUUCGAUGAAAUUUAUGAAGAUCGUGAUCGUGAUGAUGAUGAUUUGAAAGAUGAAUACAUUGUAAAAUUAAUUGGUGAAUUAGGAUUAGUUAAUGAUCAAACUAGUUCAGAUUAUUUAAAUAUUUGUGUAUCGGGAUCAAUAGAAUAUGCUGAACAAGGAAUUAAGAAUAGAAUUCGAGCAGACAGGGAAAUAAUAAAAUUAAUACCAACAGAUCAAGUACAACCUGAUCCAAUAAUUCAUCCACAAAUAUCUCCAAAUCCUACUGAACCUCGUAAACAAGUUGCAGAACAAGAAGUCACUCCAUUAGAUAAAAUUAUCUGUAUUGUUCAUCAAAAAUCCACUAAAAUUGAAGUUGAUGAUUUUCUACGUGAUUUUCUCUUUCGACAAGUUAAUCAAAAAUCAAAUACAUCGCCUGAUGCAAAUAUUAUUCAACCAAUUUGCGAUGGUACAAUUCAUUCAUUAUCUCAAGGUUCAUUGCUUGAUUUAUUUAUUCGACAACUAAUGAUCGAUCGUGGAACAGUAACAUUUCUAAAUUCACAAACAAAAUAUCGUCUUGUAGAACCAAUUAGUCUUACAGAUGAAUUUGAAUCUUGGACAUUUGAUCAUUUUCAUGGUUUACUUGAUUUUUGGUUAGCUAUAGAUUCAAAUAUUGAAACAAAUUUUCCAAGUCCAUGGACAUUGAAUCCAGAUGCUCAUAUUGAUUAUAUUAUUGUUACUCAAUUGACUAAUGCUGAUAAUGAUUCAUCAGGAAAACAUUCAGAACGUCCAAGCACAAAAUCUUUAGAAAAUUUUAUUCGUGAUAUUUGUAGAAUUCAAGCAAAUGGGAUGUUUAAUACAUGGUAUAAAGCAUUGUGUACUGAAGAAAAUAUUGCUACAUAUGCUCAUUUAACCAAUUUAAAUCAAAAAGAAUGGGAUAGAAUUGGUCGAUUACCAAUGAAUGCAUUAAAAACAAUUAAAUUUUAUGUUGAUCAAGAAAAACAAAUGGUUGAAGAACGUAAAACGAAAAAACUGUCAGAAGAUAAAACAAUUGAAAAUAAACCAUAUUCAAAAGCAGAAAUACGUGCUAAUUUACAUAUGAUUAAAUUAUAUUUUAAUCGACAAUUAGAAGAUACAGAUGGUAUUGAAAUAGUUCCAAGAUUAGAAGCUUAUUGUGUUGAUACAGCAUUUCAAGAAAUGCGUGAAGAAGGUUAUGAAGAUGAUGGAUUAUUCGAUGAAAUGAAAUUAUUUUUUCAACCAUUAACUGUUACUGAAAAAGAAUUAAUUAUUAAUAAAAACACUUUAUCAACAUUAUAUCAAGAACAAGUAGCAGAGGGGAUGGCAUUAAAAGCAGAAAUUGAGAAAUUAAAACAACGUUUUACUGAAAAAGAUAAAAAAAUAAAGAAAUUAUCUAAUGAAAUCGAACAAAUAAUAAUUAAACGUGAUGCGGCAUUUAUCAAAUAUCAAUCUGAUUUAGACAAAGAAGAAAACGAAUCGCUUAGCAAACAGUUGGAGUUGAAUAACAUUUGGGAAACUAAUGGAAACUUUUAUUAUGAGAAAGUUACUCGUAAACACGCUGCUGGCCUGACUGAUUAUUAUAUCAAUUAA